GGCCACUUAAUGUUUGUUCAGAAGUGUACGUGAAUUGUGUUAUGUGAAAAAUGACCCGAACUAAGGCGACUGCUCGUUUCUCGAACUUUGGUGGGGCGACAAGCGACAAACCAACUUACAGGGCCGCGCGAAAAAGUGUUCCGCCCGACGUUAGAUCAUUUUGGGCCGAAAAUUUCGAGUCGCGGAUGUCUGCUGCUCCGUCACCAACUGCUUCUACAAAGAACUCCCCAAUUGCGCCAUCACAUCCCCCAACCCAGGAAAUGGUGGACGCUUCGAUUAAAAACUUAAAUGGACGUGGUGGCUCUUCGUUUCUGGCGAUCAAAAAGUAUAUUACGGCCGAAUACAAAUGCGAUGCCCAGAAACUGGCUCCACUUAUCAAGAAGUAUUUGAAGGCGGCCGUUGCCAAUGGAAAGCUGAUCCAAGCAACGGGCACAGGUGCAUCUGGCUCGUUCAAAAUGUCCGCAUCUGUGGAGAAGAAAGCGAAAGGUAUGAAGUUGCCGUCACCCAAGACGUUGCCAAGCCCCAAAAAGGCAGCCAGAGUCGCUGACAAGAAGCCAAAUGCCAAAAUGUCAGACGCAGCCAAGAAGAAACGCAAGGCGCGGAUGAUGCAAAUUCUCUAGCUGCAGCGGCGUCUGCCAAGUCCAAGAAGAUAACAAAAAAAAAAACAGCUCCUCCCGCCACAACGUAAAGGAGAAGACGCCGAAAGCAAAGACGACCAAAGAUGGCCAAGCCGCAGAAUGUGAAAAUGCACGAGAGAUGGUCCGUAAAUAAAAUAUUAGAUGUGUAGCACAUCUGGAAAUGACUUAAG